GGAGCAAGGGACGCGGACACAAAAAUCUGGAAUGGGAUGGUAGGAGAACUUGUUUAUGGGAAAGCAGAGAUUGCUAUUGCCCCUCUGACAAUCACUUUGGUCCGAGAGGAGGUCAUUGACUUCUCUAAGCCCUUCAUGAGCUUGGGCAUCUCUAUAAUGAUCAAAAAGCCUCAGAAAUCUAAACCAGGAGUGUUUUCCUUCUUGGAUCCUCUGGCCUAUGAGAUUUGGAUGUGCAUAGUCUUUGCCUACAUUGGUGUCAGCGUGGUCUUAUUCCUAGUUAGCAGGUUUAGUCCAUAUGAGUGGCAUACAGAAGAGCCAGAGGAUGGAAAGGAAGGACCCAGCGACCAGCCUCCCAAUGAGUUUGGCAUCUUUAACAGCCUCUGGUUUUCCCUGGGUGCCUUUAUGCAGCAAGGAUGUGACAUUUCACCCAGAUCCCUCUCAGGUCGAAUUGUUGGAGGUGUUUGGUGGUUCUUUACACUCAUCAUUAUAUCAUCUUAUACCGCUAACCUCGCCGCUUUCCUGACGGUUGAGCGAAUGGUCUCCCCCAUAGAAAGUGCGGAAGACCUGGCCAAACAAACAGAAAUUGCCUAUGGAACACUGGAUUCAGGGUCAACCAAAGAAUUCUUCAGAAGAUCCAAAAUCGCGGUGUACGAGAAGAUGUGGACGUACAUGCGGUCGGCGGAGCCGUCGGUGUUCACGCGGACCACGGCGGAGGGCGUGGCGCGCGUGCGCAAGUCCAAGGGCAAGUUCGCCUUCCUGCUGGAGUCCACGAUGAACGAGUACAUCGAGCAGCGCAAGCCCUGCGACACCAUGAAAGUGGGAGGAAACCUGGAUUCCAAGGGCUAUGGCGUAGCUACUCCCAAGGGCUCCUCAUUAAGAAAUGCUGUUAACCUCGCAGUUUUAAAACUGAAUGAACAAGGCCUCUUGGACAAAUUGAAAACAAAUGGUGGUACGACAAAGGAGAAUGUGGCAGCGGGGGAGGUGACUCCAAGGUCAGCCUCAAUGUCACCAAAAGCGGGUAAACAGUAUGUAUAGUAAUAGGUGCAUCUG